AUGGAAUAUAAACGUUUGCUUGAUAUAUGUGAAUAAUUGCUAAAGUAUUCAGGUAAUUUAGUUUUGCAAUAAUAAUUGAUAGCAUUACCUUUAGAUAUGUUAGAGAAAUAUUAUUUAUUAAAAGAAAAGACUUUAUCUAAUGUAAUAGUUAAUCCUUAAGCAAAUUAAAAUGUAUUAGUUGUAAAGAUCAUCUAAUUAUUUGCUUAAUGUUUUAAUUAAAUGCUUACAUAAAGGGAUAUCAAUAUAACUAAUACAGAAACAACAAUUAAUCAUUUAUUAGUAUAAUAAUAGUAAAUACAUAAUAGGAUACUUACAAUGCAAAUGAUUUAAGAUCUGAAUUUUCAACAACAUUCUAAGUAUAUAUAGCAAAUUCUAAUUGAUAGUUGUUACUUCAAAUAAAUAGUGAUAGAAAGGAAUUGGAUGCCACUGUGACUUUUUUAUAAAAUGAGAUAAGGAAAAUAAAAUUGGAGUUAAAUAUGUCAAAUUCUAGGUUGGAUUAAUAAAAGAGAUUGACAAAUUCGGAAGAUAAAGAGAGAAAUUUAAAGGUAUUACUGAGUCACAAUAUUUAAUUAAAUAGUUAUAAAGAUAGAUAGAUGAAUUGAAGGAUGAAUUAUAGACAAAGAUAGAAGAACAUGAGGAGAUAGUACAUUAAUUAUAAUUUAAAUAUGAUGAAUAAAUAAAAACAUUAAUGAAAAGGAACAAAGAAACAGGUCAAUCAGAAUCAAAAUAUUAGUAGUUAGAAAAGGAAUAAAAAUAAUAUGAAGAAUUCUUUGAUAAAUUUGCAGAGAUGUCAUUACCAUAUUUAGAAAAAUAUGAAAGAGAUUUUGAGAAAUAAUAAGCAAAAUCUAAAAAAUAUGCAGAAUAAAAUAUUAGCGAAAAUGAAAUACUUUUAGAUUUUUUGUUUUAUUUGCUUUAAAAAUACGUACCUUUGUAUGAAGAAUAAAGAGAAGUAAAAAAGAGUAGUGCAAAGAAAAGUAAUUAAGCAAGUCCAAAAGCAUAAAAGGAGAGUAGUAAGGGAGAAUCUUCUGCUUCUAGAGAUUUACAUUUUGAAUAAUACAAAAUAUAAAAUAAUAAUUAGAUUGAUGAUACAGUAAAUAAAUUAAAAUAAGAAUUGGAAUAAUCAAGAAAGACACUUGAGAAGUAUGAAUUAAGUCGAAAUAAAUUAUAGGUAAUAUUAUUAAAUAAUAAAUUAGAAUUAAAUAUCAUGA